UUGGGCUCAAUUUAAAAGAAAAUACAUGAUCUGAAGAAGAAGAUCCAAUCCAAAAAUUUCGCGAGAGGCCGAAUAAAAAAAAAAAAGUAAUCUAACCCUAUCGGAUUCAUCUGGCAUGUAUUCCUACCCUAACCUCUUCGUUCGGCUAUGUAGCGUCGCAUUUACUCGCGCAUAGGAUAGGGAAACUCGUAGCAAUUCUCUGCUCUCGUAACGUAACGAGGAUUGGAAGGACUACGACGUCUAUCGGCGGAGACAGGCGCGGCACGACGCGAGUCAGCGACGCGGUGAUCGCGCGUAAAAAUGAAAUGGGGCAUUGGGUGAAAGUACUCGCGGCAGCGAGCGAGCGAGCGAGCCUUGCCAGCCCGCCUCUUAUAUCAGAUCAGUACGGUAGGCUCGCCUCGUCACUACCGCGCGUUCGCUACGCGUCAUUCCUCCUGGCACGGUGGCUCUCCUCCUGAUGACCUCUCCGUUGCACAUCCCGUCGCGGAAAUCUCUUUGCUUCGCAUCUCCGGACUAUGCUGCCGAUUUGGUAGCCACAUUCUACUCAUUGACUUGAGAGAGCAGCGCUUUAUUCCCUUUCUGCAGAAUGCUGCGCAACCUGUGGACCUUUUGUGUCCUGUCGCCGGUCAUCCUGGUCUCAGCGCUGGAGAAUGGCUUGGGUAGGACACCACCGAUGGGAUGGUUAGCUUGGGAAAGAUUCAGGUGUAACACUGACUGCAAGAAUGAUCCUGACAACUGCAUAAGUGAUCGUCUCUUUCGAACUAUGACAGACAUAGUGGUGGCUGAAGGAUACGCCGCAGUGGGCUAUGAGUACAUUAAUGUAGAUGACUGUUGGUUGGAGAAAGAAAGAGACUUAAAUGGACAACUUGUACCAGAUAGAGAACGGUUCCCAUAUGGCAUGAAGAGUCUAGCAGAUUAUGUGCAUUCAAAGGGCCUCAAGUUUGGUAUCUACGAAGAUUAUGGUAAUUACACUUGUGCUGGCUACCCAGGUAUAUUGGGCUAUUUGGAAUUAGAUGCCGCUACAUUUGGAUCCUGGGACGUAGAUUAUGUGAAAUUAGAUGGAUGCUAUGCGCAUCCCAGUGAUAUGGAUAGAGGCUAUCCCGAGUUUGGAUAUCAUUUAAAUCAAACUGGAAAGCAUAUGAUAUAUUCCUGCUCCUGGCCUGUCUAUCAAAUCUAUGCUGGUAUGCAGCCAAAUUAUACCGCGAUUGCGCAGAGCUGUAAUCUCUGGCGUAAUUUUGAUGACAUUCAGGACUCGUGGGCCAGUGUGGAGAGUAUCAUCGAUUACUAUGGUAACAAUCAAGACGUAAUUGUGCCUAUUGCCGGCCCCGGACAUUGGAACGAUCCAGACAUGUUAAUUAUCGGUAACUUUGGACUAAGCUACGAACAGAGCAAGACACAAAUGGCGAUCUGGGCUAUAUUAGCAGCGCCGUUGCUCAUGUCUGUCGAUCUCAGGACAAUUAGGCCAGAAUAUAAAGCCAUUUUGCAAAAUAAAAAAAUUAUUGCCGUGGAUCAAGACCCGUUAGGUAUACAAGGUCGACGUAUAUACAAACACAAGGGCAUUGAAAUUUGGGCAAGGCCCAUCACUCCAGUUUACCAAAACUAUUAUUCGUACGCGAUCGCGUUCAUCAACAGACGAACAGAUGGUACGCCAUCGGAUGUGUCAGUCACGUUGAAAGAGCUGGGUCUGCAGUAUCCUGAAGGAUACCGAGUAGAGGAUUUGUACGAAGAUGUAGAUUAUGGCAUACUAACACCACAGACCAAGAUCAAAGUUAAAGUGAAUCCAUCGGGCGUAGUAAUAUUGCGAUGUAAUUUGAAUAUAGACGAUUCGUUUCGCUAUUCGCCGUACACACCCUUAAAUCAGAUUUUUAAAGUUAGACAAAAUUCGUUUAAAUGACCGUACGCAUCUAAAAUAUUAUCGAAUUUUUAUUGACGUUUUUAUAUAAGUUCUGCGUUCUCUACAUUAACGUAUUAUAAGAAAAGCUAGGAGAAAUAAAGAAUUUUAUAAACUUUA